AUGAAUGCCUUCUCUCUUCUGGCAACAUCAGCCAUACUUGGCUUGUCAGCAGCUGUGUCUGCUCAGAACUCAACCUCAUGUGUGCCAUUGCCUAUUGUGGACCUUGGAUAUGCUCGACAACAAGCCUCGGCAUACAACCACAGGNCGACUGGCGGUUACUAUAAUUUCUCCAACAUCCGUUAUGCCGCUCCUCCAGUUGGCGACCUGCGUUUUGCAGCUCCCCAAGCUCCUGCGGUAAACCGAAGUCAGGUGCAAACAGGAAGCGUCAGUCGUAUCUGCCCUCAGGCCAACCCAGCAUGGGAUGCCAUCACCGCACAGUGGAUACCAGAAUAUCUGCUGGAUAACAAAACUAGUUUCAGCAUGUCAGACUUUAACCUGACCACUUCUAGCAGCAACUCGUCUGCGGCUACCACCAUGACUGAUCCUAGAGAGAGUGAAGACUGCCUCUUCCUCGAUGUCAUGGUUCCUGAAGCUAUCUUCAACUCCAACGAACAACACCCUGUCCUAGUAUGGAUUUACGGCGGUGGAUAUACAGCUGGAUCAAAGGCUGGCAGUGGAAACCCUGCUGGUCUGCUCGAGCGGUCUCAAGUGGACAAUUCUAGCGGUGUCAUCUAUGUUGCCAUGAACUAUAGACUAGGCGCUAUGGGCUGGCUCUCAGGUCCGACUUUCCAGGAGAACGGAACCGCAAAUGCUGGCUUGUGGGAUCAGAGAUUUGCUCUCGAAUGGGUUCAACAGAACAUCCAUCUGUUCGGAGAACAGNGCGAUCCGACGAACGUGACAGUGUUUGGCGAGUCGGCUGGAGGUGGCUCUAUAAUGCAUCAACUCACAGCUUUCGGUGGCCUCAAAGGUCCAGCACCCUUCGCAGGUGCAGUGCCACAGUCACCUGGCUUCUUUCCCGUUGUAUCUCCGGCCACAGAGGAAGGCGUCUUCAAUGACUUCCUUGCUCUGCUGAACGUGUCUACCUUGGCCGAAGCACGCCAAUUGCCUUCUUCAGCAAUUAUUGCUGCAAACGCACAGCAAGUCUACUCAGCUGCCUAUGGUCAGUUCGUUUAUGGGCCUAGUGUAGACGGCGAUUUUGUACCCGCACUGCCAGGUCAGCUGCUCGCCCGUGGCCAAUUCGACAAGAAUGUAUCCCUGAUGACUGGGCACAAUGCAAACGAAGGCCUCCUUUUCACAUCCCCCUUCAUCAACAACAACUCAGCAUUGGAUAACUAUCUAACUACGAGUUUCCCUGCACUCAACUACAUGCCAGAGACACUCAACUACAUUACUCAAGUGCUGUACCCACCAAUCUUCGACGGCAGUCAAGCUCAGAACUACACUAGCCAGAUUGGUCGCGUCGAUGCCAUCAUAUCCGAGGCUGUGUUCACCUGCAACGCUGUCUAUCUCAACAAGGCAUACAACAACCAGACCCACGCAUAUCUGUUCGAUGUGCCUCCUUCACUCCACGGUCAGGAUGUCGCAUACACCUACUACAACGGAAAUGGUAGCACGACUGCCGGAACCGGUGGCACUAGCUUUGGUGUGCAGAGUGUUCCCGUUGCCAUCGCUAUGCAGGAGUACAUCACCGAGUUUGCAAAGACUGGUAACCCAAACAUCAGGGGCGAGCCUUUCUUCCCUAUGUAUGGAAAGAAUGCAACUGUUCUGGCUUUGGGACCAAGGAGCAUCAGUCCGAUGAGAGAUCCUGCUGCCAGUGCGAGAUGCGCCUGGUGGCAGAAGGGGUUGUUCUAUUGA